ACCAGUAUGCAAUGUUUGGCUGCGCGUACCCUGCGUGCAGGCAUGUGCGCGUGCCACAGCAGUUCGUAGCGUAAAGUUUUACCAAUUUUUCAGCCAUGCUAACACAAACAAAUUCAAAAAUGCCUAACAACACCGCAUUUGUUGAGUUCCCGAAAGAGACGGGCCAGAUAACCUCAAUCAAUGGGCGCCUUAGCGGCAAAUUUGCAUGGGGAGCUGUUAUAAAUUGUUGAUUCACACACUGCCGAGAUUGGAGGAAAGUGGGGACACAGCGGCAACGCCGAUUGACGAAAACUACCCGUCCGUCCAGUGGCCGAUGGUGAGCCGAGCGCGGCCGAGCGCCACGGUCGGCCCUCUAGAUAAGCGCCCACCUUUCUCCGCCGAUCCGGACAGGUAGUGGGUAGAUGGGGGCGCGCCAGUCGCUCGCCGAGCCCGAUCACGUGCGCAACCGACUUUGUGAGUGUGGGUGGCGAUGCUGCCCGACGCCACCAUGGCCUGGAGGAGGAAGAACGACCGGCUGCCCGAACGGGAGGACUUCCUGAAGAGGAGGAGCCGCUUCGACACCACGAUGGCGAGCGAGUUCACCCCGAGCGAGCACAUGCCGACCGAGCCGCCCCACACCAACACGAAAGGCGCCCCCCCGAUUGCGCGUGCCGGCGGCACCGUGACGACAACGUCGCAGCUGCAAACCAACUCGCAAACGAGUUCGACCACGACCCGAGUGAAAUCGUCCAGUUCGAGCACCACCACGUCGACGCAGCGCCUCCAUCUGUCCGCCAGCGACCUCAAGGCGUCGAACGUCAAGUCGGACCUGGUCGAUUUCAAGAACAAUCUGAACGACAUGAAGAGCAGCCUGCCAUCCGGCUCGUACGGGCUGCGCGAGCUCAACGAGCUGCGCUCCUCCUUGGAGAACCUGCGGCGACACGUGGCCCGGCACCUGAGUCUCGGCUGGCGCCCCACCACGCACCCAAACGGCGCCCUCAAGCAGGUUGACUCCCCCGACGCCAAUCAGUAUGUGGAGGGCGGCGACGCGCAGCCGCUCGUCACCUACCCGGACGACAGUCGCGCCCCUAGCGAGGUGAGCUCGCCCCAGCCGGGCAACGCGCUCGGCAGCCUCUUCGAGCAGAAGACCACCAACCGCAAGCGCACCAAGGUGGUGAAAGAUGGCGUCACUGCCGAGAAGGAGAGCGCCAACGUGGCCGAGUCCAAGCGGCUGCACGCCGGCGACGUCACCUACGAGGAGAACAAGGCGGCGGCCGCCAUUAAGGCGCGCGUGGAAAUCGACGGCAUUUCCGCGGAGAAAAGCCACAUCAAGGCCAAGGAGGCGCGCAGCCUGAAAUCGGGCGACAUCAGCCAGCAGGAGACCAAGAACAUGGCGCACACCAACACCAAGCUGUCGGGCGACAAGUUCAGCGCAGAAAAAUCGUCGACCGAGUCGCAGCAGCAGCGCCAGCUGGUGACGGCCAGCGGCAUGUACAGCGACAGCCACGCGCACAGCCACUCGCACAGCAGCAGCUACAUGAGCGGCAAGGGCAUCAGCGCCGCCGACACCAAGCGAUUCGCCCAAGUUGGCGCCCAGGUGGGCGCUCAGUUCCACAGCUUGCUGAACGGCAGCCAGGAGGACGAGCUGCUGGCAACGUCGCUGGACGACCUCGAGCAACUGUCAGCCGCGUCACAGUACUACGAGGUGGAGAAGGCGAUCAAGAAGUACACCGCCUACUUGGAGGCGUCGGUCAAGUGCAUCCAGCGGCCGGAGGCGGCUGCGCCGCAGCUCCUCAGCAAGAUCAACGACGUGGUGCGCAAGGCAUGGGCGGUCCCCACCUACGGCCACGAGCUGGGCUACAGCCUGUGCAACGCGCUGCGCAAGUGCGGCGGCCUGGACCUGCUGAUGGCGAACUGCACGCGCCAGGAGGCCGACGUGCAGUUCAACAGCGCGAAACUGCUCGAACAGUGUCUGACGACGGAGAACCGCGCGCACGUCGUCGAGCACGGCCUGGACAAGGUGGUGCACGUCGCGUGCGUGUGCACGCGCCAGACCAACUCGGCCGAGCACUCGCGCGUCGGCACCGGCAUCCUGGAGCACCUGUUCAAGCACAGCGAGGAGACGUGCAGCGACGUGGUGCGUCUCGGCGGGCUCGACGCCCUCCUGUUCGAGUGCCGGAAGAGCGACGUGGAGACGCUGCGCCAUUGCGCCGGCGCCCUGGCCAAUCUCAGCUUGUACGGCGGCGCCGAGAACCAGGAGGCGAUGAUCAAGCGGAAGGUGCCGAUGUGGCUGUUUCCGCUCGCCUUCCACAACGACGACCACAUCAAGUACUACGCAUGUCUGGCGAUCACGGUGCUGGUGGCCAAUGCGGAGAUCGAGGCCGACGUCAUCCAAUCGGGCACGCUCGACUUGGUCGAGCCGUUCGUCACCACGCACAACCCGAGCGAGUUUGCGCGCUCCAACUUGGCGCACGCGCACGGCCAGAGCAAGACAUGGCUCAAGCACCUGGUGCCGGUGCUGAGCUCGAAGCGCGAGGAGGCGCGCAAUCUGGCCGCCUUCCACUUCUGCAUGGAGGCGGGCAUCAAGAAGCAGCAGAGCAACACGUUCAUCUUCCAGGAGAUCGGCGCCAUCGAUGCGCUGAAGCGCGUCGCCAGCUGCCCGAACGCGGUGGCGUCCAAGUAUGCGGCGCAGGCGCUGCGCCUCAUCGGCGAAGAGGUGCCGCAUAAGCUCAGCCAGCAGGUGCCGCUGUGGUCGGCCGAGGACGUCGAGGAGUGGGUGAAGCAGAUCGGCUUCACUGAGGUGGCCGCCGGCUUCGUCGAGAGCCGCGUAGAUGGCGACCUGCUGCUGCAACUCACCGAGGAGAAUCUGCGCGACGACAUCGGCCUCACCAACGGCAUCAAGCGCAAACGGUUCACGCGCGAGCUGCAAAAGCUCAAACGCAUGGCCGACUACACGUCCCGCGACUCGGCCAACAUCAACAAUUUCCUUCAGUCGCUCGGCCCCGAGUUCUGCACCUACACGUACAGCGUGCUGAACGCAGGCGUCGAGACGAAGGACGCGCUGCGCAACAUCAGCGAGGACCAGCUCUUGCACGAGUGCGGCAUUGCCAACUCGAUCCACCGGUUUCGCAUCAUGGAGGGCAUCCGGCAGCUGGAGAAUCGCAUCGGCAGCGAUCUGAACGACGAGAGUCCCGACAAAUCGCUGGACGUGUUCGUCAGCUAUCGGCGCUCGAACGGCUCGCAGCUGGCCAGCCUGCUGAAGGUGCACCUGCAGCUGCGCGGCUUCAGCGUGUUCAUCGAUGUGGAGCGCCUGGAGGCGGGCAAGUUCGACAACAACCUGCUGCAGAGCAUCCACAAGGCCAAGCACUUCCUGUUGGUGCUCACGCCGAUGGCCUUGGAGCGGUGCAAACACGACCACGAGAAGAAAGACUGGGUGCAUCGGGAAAUCGUGGCGGCGCUGUCCUCCAACUGCAACAUCAUCCCGAUCAUUGACAAUUUCACAUUCCCGGAGGCGGACGAGCUGCCCGAGGACAUGCGCCAGGUGUGCCACUUCAAUGCCGUGCGCUGGAUCCACGACUACCAGGACGCGUGCGUGGACAAGCUCGAAAGGUUCAUGCGCGGCGAAUUAAACGCGCGCAGCAGCGAGGGCAACUUGAUGCGCGUGGGGCUGGGCAAGGGCGACAUCACGCCCAGCACGCCCUCCACCGCCGGAAUGGGGCGCCAGCCCCCCAGCUAUCAGCGCAUGCACAGCAACGACUCGGGCAGCGGCAAGGGCUCGGACAAGGAGCCCGGAGGGGGUCUGCGCGACUGACUAGACGGCCCGCCCGCCUCCAUGCCCAGGAGCAGGCGGCUCUUGAGCCCGUCGCGCCAGUGGAUCAUGACGCCCAAGGGCGGCGAGGGGCGACCGCCGCCGUAUCCGCGCACCGACCGAUCGCGCAGCCUGGGCGGGGCCCCAACCGAGACUGAUGCGCAGCUGAACAGGGCGCGCAGCGCCGACGACGUUCUCGACCCACCGUCGAAGCGCAAGCUCAACUUCAUGGACCGUUGUGUGAACAAAGUGCGAUCUCUAAUCAGGAAAUGAUGGCAGCCUACACUAGUGAUAUACCUACCUAUAUUUGUUUUGUUGAUUUCUGUUUGUUUGACUAAGUCCGGCAACUAUGUUCCAGUAAGUACAAAAAUGCCGUCACGCGCGUGCCUUAAACCGACUGUUUUACAAUGGCGCGCAGUAUUUUGUGUCGCAUAGGCUGGGGGGCGCAGCCCGAUCCCCUCACCUGUAUUUUAUCACUGUUCAAUGUGUUUUAACAUAUUUUUUGAAAAAAGCGUUUUUUUCUCUAGAUCUUAGCCCAUUUUAAACUAUUGCCAAUUUUAAUUAAUUUCAUUUCGAUUGUAGUUUAUUUUACAUGUGUUUAACACUUUUAGCCUAUAGGAAUGCAAAGCGGUUUUUCUAUAUUUUAUGUUAAAUUUCCAAAUAUAUUUUAUGAAAACUA